AUGUCGGCAACAGCACAGCAGACCUUGUCCCCUCCAUUGAUUGCAGAGAACCAUCCCGGAACGAAGGAGCGAUGCGAAGAUGAUGUUAUCGCUGACCUGGUAUCUGGGAUUUCGAAGCAGCGAUACAGACAGCACGACGAUCUCUGUGUGCAGGAUUCCAACCAAGUCGUACAGGCAUGGAUGGCUGAUGAGAAAUUCAAAGACUUUGUCACUCCGUCCUUGAAGAAACCACUAUCUUCCGGGAACUUCUUGCAUCCCUGUAGUAUCUGUCCACCAGGGAAAGUCUUUCGCACCAGUGCCGACCUCGAUCGCCACCGAAAGACCUUCCACGGUAUACUCAAGAAAGGCGACAGAGUCUUUCGAUGCAAGGUGCAAGGAUGUAAAGUACCACUGAAGAUCUGGUCAAUGUUUGACAACUUCAAACAGCAUGUGAUACGCAUGCAUGGUGAGGAAUUUGCGGCAUACAUUGAAACGAUGGAGGAAGCGUAUGAUAUAGAAGUACAUGGCCCUGUAGAACCUGCCAAGAACAGGAAUUCUCGAACUACACCUCUUCAAGUCGAUCUACAAUUCACUCGAACUACAACCCACGGUCCAGCAAACCAGGGUAGAGACCUGCUGCUAGAUAGCGUGGAGAAGGACGUCGCUGUACUUCACAGCACACCUGCUUGCGCUCCAUCGAACGCGGGCCAUACCGACUCAGGCUAUGCUUCCUUGAACCCAAUUCCAAAGCCGCAAGAUAGCCAUGUACACGAAUUAUCAGACAAUACAGGAGGUUCUGGAAUGGACGAUUCACGUACUAUUUACUCUGGUGCAAGUGUCGAAUCAACACGCAGGGGCGAUUUUGUCCACAGGUUCGCAAACCGUCUUGUUCAGGACAGUGUGCUCAAAGGUCUCAAUCUAUGUAUUAACCCCACCUUGUGUAAUGCUUUGCCGGACAUGCUCGCAGACUUCGCUGUGAGACUUCUCCAAAACUGUAACGCUCAAGGUAUCAUAAACGCUGGAUGGUUCAUCCACAAAUACAGGUCUGCCAUCUCUAAGUCAAUAGAGCACGAGAUACAAAACCAGAAUGACCAAAAGAGCGAGGAUGAUCUUUCUGUCAGAGACUCUGGUAAUGGGAUGUUACUGGAGGAAUUGAUGCAGGUGUGGUUCGAACGCAAUGAGAAAGACCCACCAGACGAGCCGCAGUCAUCGAAUGUUACCGACGAAAUCCUCAUCGAUGAUGAUACCGACGUGAACCACGAUUACGAGGCAUAUGCACACCAGGCUGCCACACAUCCCUCAUACAGGUGGUUGCUCGGUAAGAUACGUGGUGAUGUUCUUCUCACGAAUGACGGGCAGCAGGUGGAGAAAAGUAUUUCCUCGCUCGUACUACAUCAUUUACCGAAAGCGAAGAUGCUACACAGGAGUACAGCAUUGCGUCUGAGCGAAACUAUUAUUGAGGUCGACUGGUCACCGUUGUCAUACAUGCAACAGCAAGUGUUGGGUUCCUCGGCUCUUUUCUGCUCCGUGGGAAGCUUUAUCACACUUACUGGGACUGUAAGGGAGCUUCAAGCUCUAACUUGCGUUCAGUAUGUUGAGCAGGUAUGGCCUGAAGGUGGAGGCUUUCUGGUGAACGUUAUAGACCACGCUCUUCAAUCAGCUUCAGCGCCACCACUACCGUUGCACACACGUCCAGACGGCGCAACGAUUGCCAUACAGCAGAUUUAUCCGACACUAAAAGUCAUGAUCAAGGGUGCCCGUGGUGCGGUAGCUGAAAUUGCAGAACAGUUGGCUUGGCUUGGGGCUGCCUUCCGCGUUCCACCUUCAACUGGGGACACUUGGUAUUGUGUACCUUCUAUCCAGUACCUCGGCCUUAGUAGUACAUCGGACAGCUUAUACGGUAACAGAAGCCAGUCCGUAAUUUCACCCGUGAGUACGCCUGGCACACUACAUGAUCGCUCAAAGGUUGAGCUACUGGAGGCCCGCCAUCAUUAUGAUCAAGCAUCAGAUGAGCAAAAAAGCUGUUUUCUAUUCAGUAUUACUUUCGACUUCGAACGUAUUGUGUCGGUACCAGUGAACAACGGCCUAUGCUGGCGUCCAUUGCUUCGUGGGCUUGCCAUAGUCAAGGAUUAUCCAAUUCUCAAGCGACCUGAGAUGCAAAGCGGUUUGGAAGUGCCUCUCAAGAUCAUGGCCAAUUUCGUGGGAACCGAUUAUGUGCAGGAAUUUGCUGGAAAUAUUUACAUAAAAGGUUUCUCAGCUAUGCUCGUGCCUACACGACUUCUCGGUACUGAUGCUCUCGUCUGGCAUCUGUGUUGCGAUGAAUCUGGUGAUCACAUGUCUUAUCUUGAUCAUGGUCAGCAGAAUAUCCUUCAAAUCUCUAAGGACAAUCUCAAUAAGUACAGGCAUAUCGUCGGUUGGUGCUCUGAUGCCGGGAUAUAUACUGGCGCUCCCAGAAAUCAAUACGACAUGCAGUCGGCUCGGUUACCUGGAGUGAGAAAUGACGGGAUGCUUACGGACUCGUCAAUAAUAAGUGGCAAUUAUAUCCACGAUCCCUUGACCUUUUCGAUACCAAAGCAGCAUGAAUCCAUCCAUCUCAGACAGAAAGGCCUCUCGAAAACCCUCAAAUGGCUCUCCAGUAGACACGAGGAGCGUGAGUCAGUUGGCUCAGCGUUCCUAUUCAAUUGGACACACUUAAAAGAGGCUGAAUCUCCCUAUGUCAGUGAUGCUGCCAAAGAAUUUUUCGGGAAUGAAUCCAAUCUGAAACAGAAGAUAUCAAAAUCCUUCUUCAGUACCAGGAAAUGCUCACAUACAGAGCAACAAGAUGAAUAUGAGUUAGUGGAAGAUCGAGUGGUUGAGCUCUACUACGCAUUGGAGAAAGCCUUGACAUACCAGCAACAAGCCGCACGCAUAAGCCGACAAGCUAGGCAGAGCAGAUCGUUGAAGUAUCUUGAAGGUUGGGACUUCGUGGAACUCGCCAACCAAGCAUCAAUCAUUGAUCCCUGCGUUGAGAUCUUGCCACCUGCAGGUCAAAGCUGGGUUGGUCUUCUCCGAUCUCUGGAUGUCGUAACGCUUUUUGCUGAAGGGUUCGGUGAACUCAUCAAGCCGAGCUCAUCGCCAUGCUGCGAGGGCUGGAGAUCGUUGCCAAGCAACUCAUAUCUUGUUGCCGUAAGCGUUGCGGAUGUCUGUCGGAUAAUCGAAACGAAAGGAAAUCCCAACCUUUGUCCGCCACUCUUGAGUCGGAACCCAGCUACGGUAUGGUUCAGCGCCAACCCAUCAGCCGACCAUUGCGGCUGUCGAGAUCACGAAAAGCGGACAUGUGGUGCUGCAUACAUACAGACAGCAUGGCCACAGAGACACCGUGGGGUUCUACCUCAAUCUCAGCACGCCUUUGACCUUCCUAGGAAUGCCCAAGGUGCCGUUGUAUUCGGCCACAAUGCAACCUUGCAAUACUAUUUGAGUGACGCGGGGCCGGUUCUGGGCACGCCCUCAUGUAUCGUGCCCGCCAAAGACUUGGAUCCAUCCUUCCACGACAGCGGUAUAGGAUCCAGCCUUGAGGAACGCGAUACAGCCAACGAGUCUUCCGAAUGGUCUCUUUCCAAAAAUUCUUCUCGGACAAUCUCACACCACGCUGGCAACUUUUAUCCUUCUUCUUCAAUUCGAGGUUCUGCUUGCGUCCAGAUGGGCAAUAACUAUUAUUACGGCUAUGAUCCAGCUUACUGCGUGGUGCCUGGUAGAACGAUGUUUACGCCGCAGGAUGUGCCGAAGCUAGCGCCUUCUUUGCCCUCAGUGCCUGCAGUGAACAAGAGACACCUUCCAGACGAGAUUAUGAAUGACCAGUGUGCUCUGGAAGGAAGUGAUGUGUUUUCUCAAGAAGCAGAAGAUGAAAGAGCAGCGCAGAAAAGACAGCGGCUCACAUAA